AUGGAAAAUACUUCCUCAGAAAAUGUUACCUUUUCAUUGUUGUCAUGGGGCUUGCUUGAUUUUGCUACAUCUAGACUUGUUUCUUUUCAUUCAACGUUUCUCUUCGUGCUUCUCAUUAUAUCCCUUUCUGUUGUCAAAGCAAAGGGCAAAGCCAGCAAGAGAAAGAGCGACCAAGCACCUCUCCCUCCAGGCCCAACCCCCUGGCCAAUCAUUGGAAACCUUCCGGAGAUAUGGAGAAAGAGGCCAGCCUUUCGGUGGAUUCAUGGCCUUAUGAAAGAACUCCACACCGAUAUUCUUUGUGUCCGCCUUGCAAGCACUCAUGUCGUCGCUGUCACUUCGCCUGCCAUUGCUCGGGAGUUCUUGAAGAAAAAUGAUUCAGUUUUUGCAUCAAGGCCUGUUACGAUGGCAACCGAGUACUCCAGCCGAAGGUUCUUGACAAUAGCUGUGGUUCCGUGGGGAGAUCAAUGGAAGAAAAUGAGAAGGGUUGUAACCUGUGAGAUUGUCAGCGCAUCCAAACUUCACUCUUUACUUGAGAACAGAACCGAAGAAGCUGAUAACCUUGUUAGGUUCAUCUACAACCAAUGCAAGAGCAAUGGCGGUGAUAAUUCCACUGCCUCAGCAGUCGUUAAUCUAAGACUUGCAAUGAGGCAAUACAGCGGGAAUGUCAUCAGGAAGAUGAUAUUCAACCGAAGAUACUUUGGGGAAGGUAGAAAAGAUGGAGGGCCUGGAUAUGAAGAAGAAGAGCAUGUGGAAUCACUCUUCACAGUGCUCAAGCACCUUUACUCUUUCAUCUUAUCAGACUAUAUACCCUGGUUGAGAUCAUUUGAUUUGGAGGGCCAUGAGAAGACUGUAAGGAAGGCCAUGAAAAUUGUGAAUGACUACCAGGAUCCCUUGAUUGACGAGAGGGUCCAAGAGUGGAGGGAAGGCAAGAGGACGGAGUCUGAAGACCUCCUUGAUGCCUUCAUUUUAGCCAAGGAUUCGAAUGGGAAGCCGGCUCUUUCAAUCGAAGAGAUUAAAGCCCAAUGCACGGAGUUAAUGCUUGCAACCGUAGACAAUCCUUCAAAUGCUGUGGAAUGGGCAAUGGCGGAAAUGAUCAACCAGCCUGAAAUUCUCCUGAAAGCUGUCGAGGAAAUAGAUGCUGUGGUAGGAAAAGAGAGGCUGGUUCAAGAAGCUGACAUUCCCAAACUCAACUACGNCGUGAAGGGAUGA